AUGAUGCAAUAUGUCUGCCACUAGGUGUCACUGUUGCUUAUAAUGUCCAUGUCUCCAAUGGCGACGUGCGCCUUCACCGAGACGCGCUCACGUGCAUGCGCACGCACAGUCAGUCGUCAACACCAGUCAAGCAAAAGCAGGCAGGAGGCGAAGGUGAGCUCAACACCUGGUGCCGGGUCAACCAGUGGAGAGUCGCGUCUCUGACGACCGACCAUUGGUUGCAGCAGAGGGGCCGGCGCGGGACGGACGCGAAGGAAGAAAGCUGAGUUCAAGCCAAAAGGAGGUCCGGGUGGGGCGCUGCAGGUGGAGGAGGAGGAGGGGGGUUGCAUGGUGGUCGGGAAUCCGGAGUGAUGCACUCGAAGCUUGGCUGUGAGUGACGCGAAGUGAGCAUGAAGGACACCGGAGAGUCGAAGGAGCACCAACUCACGGUGGCCUUGAGGAUUCGGCCGCUCAGCGAUGGCGAGCAGGAGGAGACUGCGACCAUCGUGGCGCACAGGCUCGAUGAACAGAUGGUAAUCCUGAUGGACCCCAUGGAGGAUCCCGAUGAUGUCCUGCGGGCCAACCGUUCCAGGGAAAAGACAUACGUUUUUGAUGUUGCCUUUGAUUACUCGACCAGUCAAGAGGAGGUGUACCGCGCCACCACUAAGGGUCUGAUCGAGGGCCUCAUUUCAGGCUACAACGCCACCGUGUUCGCCUACGGACCCACAGGUUGCGGGAAAACAUACACAAUGCUGGGUACCGACAAGGAGCCCGGCAUCUACGUCCGAACCCUCAACGACCUCUUCCGGGCCAUUGAGGAAACCAGCGACGACAUGAUGUACAGCGUCUCCAUGUCUUAUCUGGAGAUCUACAACGAGAUGAUAAGAGACCUGCUCAACCCAUCUUCAGGCUUCCUGGACCUCAGAGAGGAUUCCAAAGGCGAGAUUCAGGUGGCGGGCAUCACCGAAGUGUCCACCAUUAACGCUCAGGAGAUUAUGGAGCUCUUGAUGAAGGGGAAUAAGCAGCGUACGCAGGAGCCCACGGCGGCCAACCAGACGUCGUCGCGCUCUCACGCCGUGCUGCAGGUGGCCGUCAAGCAGCAGAGUCGCUCCCGGGACGUUCUGCAGGAGGUCCGCUUUGCUCGACUCUUCAUGAUCGACCUGGCCGGCUCUGAGCGAGCAGCGCAGACCCAGAAUCGAGGUCAGAGGUUAAAAGAGGGCGCCCACAUCAACCGCUCCCUCUUGGCGUUGGGCAACUGCAUCAACGCGCUGAGCGACAAGAACGGCAACAAGUACGUCAACUAUCGAGACAGCAAGCUGACCAGACUGCUUAAGGACUCGUUGGGGGGCAAUAGCCGAACCGUCAUGAUUGCCCACAUCAGUCCCGCCUCGGUAGCUUUUGAGGAGUCCCGCAACACGCUGACAUACGCCGACCGAGCCAAAAGUAUUCGCACGCGGGUGAAGAAGAACCUGAUCAAUGUGUCCUACCACAUUGCUCAGUACACCAACAUCAUCUCGGACCUUCGUUGCGAGAUCGAGAGACUCAAAAAGAAGAUGGCCGACCAGGCGAGCCGCCAGCUCACCUCCGAGAGGACCGACAUCCGUAACGUGCAAGCCGAGGUCCAGGCGCACGCCUGCCAGCAGAGUCGGGCAGAAAUGGACCAGCUGAGGGAGCAGCUCCUGGAGGCCUUCCGCCAGCAGAUGGAUAUCCGCAGAAACCUAAUGGAGCUGGAGACCAGCAACACGGAGAUCCAGAUGGACACCUCCAAGCAGCUGCUCACCAUUGCAGACUGGGAGCAUGAACGCAGCAGGCGACGACGGAAGUGGAGAGCGGAAAAGCGAAAGGAAAGCGUCAGCAAGGACGACAGCGAGAAGGAGUCCGACUCACCGGAGUCUCCGCCGGAUGUCACUGAGACAGAGGAGGUGGCCAUAGCCAAAGAGAACCUGGUGGCCCUCAUGACGGAGCAGAAGAAGCUCCACAAACAAAAGGUCUUCAAAACAUCUUUUUUUCUUGCAUUCAAAUCAAUUAUUUAUUUAUUUAAUGGCCAAUUUUUUUUGUUUUUUUGUCGAAAGGCGCAGCUGGAGCGCCGCUUCCUGGAGCUCCGCGACCAGGCCCGGCAACUGGAGGAACUGCUACCCCGGCGGGUGAGCUCGGACGAGCAGCGCGAGGUGCUUGGCCUCCUGUGCAAGGUCCACGAGCUGGAGAUCGAGAACGCCGAGUUACAAUCGCACGCUCUGCUGAAGGACAAUGUGAUCCGGCAGAAGAAUUUCGUGGUCCGCCGCUUUGAGAUGCACCGGCACCUCUGCGACGAGCUCAUCCAACAGCAGCGGCAGUUCAUUGACGAGCACAGUCUGCUAUUGCCGCCCCACCUACAGGAGCUCUAUGAUAUGUAUGCCAGAGAACGAGAUGAGAGGAAACUGGACCGUGCUGCGGCUCUUGAGAACGUCACCGCGAGCCACACCGUUAAGGGGGGCUCCCUACCCAAGAUCGGCCUGGCUCCUCAGGCUCGUGACACCGUUCAAGACGUGGACUCAGACCAGGAUUGCGUACACCCCGACGAAAGACACGUCAAACUUCGUCGUCACACGUUGCCCCCCAUUCUGCCUGAAACUGAACAGGACAGCGAGAGAGUAUUCAAAAACAUCGCUCAUGCACGACACAUGAAAAUAUUAGCCGUGAUGACCCCUCCUCCCAUACACAUCAACGGGAAGGGCAACAGAGAGUUGCAGCCGCUGGUGCCGGUCAGCUCGCUGAGCUACUCUCACCUCAGCCACAGCGUUAGCAGCCAGCUGGAUUCAUCUCCGGAGAGCAGCGAGGCGGGUGUUGACGCCCCGCUUUCACGAAAUGAGAGGCAGCAGAUCCUCAAAGGUGUCCAGAACAUUUCGGUGAAGGCGGCGCGGCGGCGCUGCAAAGCUCGCGAGGUGGAGGCCUUGCGCUUGCCGCCCGCCCCCUCCCCCAUGGAGCGCGCCACGCAGAGGAGCAGCCUCUUUGGCGGCGACACGGCCCCCAGGGGUCUGCCGGUGCGGCGUGGCAGACAGCCCAGCCCAGAGCUCCGGCACGCCACCUCCGACGACAACCUCUCCAGCAGCACCGGCGAGGGGCCCGGCCUCCAGGCCACCUGGACACGGCACCACAAGCUCACGGGCAAAAACCAAACACCGCGAGACUCCGACUUUGAGGCGCGCCGUAAGAAGAGGCGCUCACGCUCUUUUGAGGUCACUGGACAAGCAGUGCCUCAAUCCAAAACAAACACACCUGCAAGAUUCCGCCCCUUGGACAGCACGUCAGAUGCUCACCUCCACGUCAGUGGUCAGUCACAGAUUCCCAUGCUCCGCCCCCAGUUCAGAGUCCCGCCUCUUGCCAAAGUCAGGGUACCAAACGGCAGCCAGCAAGCAGGCCCAAAUUCGGAGAUCCCUGCAGUCCAGACAAAUAACCUGAAGCGCAUCCCCUUUCUGCGGCAACCCCAGCCGCCCCUCUACAUCACCACCACCACCAACACCGCAAUAGGGAGCCAGCAGCGACCACGCCGACACUGAGCGUUAUUUUCACUUGAACAAUGCGAGAUGCACAAACCAGGAAGUCUGGAUGGUGACAGAGAGCACGCAUCAUCCUGCCUACAGACACCAAAGAUCAUUACGUGUCCAUUUUGUGUCUUGUUGUCUUCAUGUGUUCAAAAAA